AUGGAUUGUGCAAAGUUCAUGUUCCAGGUGAUCUGUGGAAAGCCCCUAGGUAAUCACAAGAAGGAGGGCUUGUUAGGAGCAGUUCCAUCACCCCGAUCUCUGCGGAGUUUAUCAUCAAUGGCCAAUGAUUUGAUGAUUUUGCUGGAGAAUGAAACCUUCAUAAAUAUCUCUGAAGUUGGAUUUGGGAGGUAUUUAGGGAUGGCAUUUCCUGGGAACAUCAACUCUGACGGCGUGGUUCGGCAUGAUUUACAGCACGCAGUUAUUGCCCGCUACGUGCGCAUAGUGCCUCUGGACUGGAAUGGAGAAGGCCGCAUUGGGCUCAGAAUUGAAGUCUAUGGCUGUUCUUACUGGGCUGAUGUUAUCAACUUUGAUGGCCACGUUGUGUUACCAUACAGAUUCAGAAACAAGAAGAUGAAAACACUGAAAGAUGUCAUUGCCUUGAAGUUUAAAACCUCUGAAAGUGAAGGGGUGAUCUUGCAUGGAGAAGGACAGCAAGGAGAUUACAUUACCCUGGAACUAAAAAAAGCCAAGCUGGUCUUCAGCUUAAACCUAGGAAGCAACCAGCUUGGACCCAUCUACGGCCACACAUCUGUGACGACCGGAAGUCUGCUGGACGACCACCAUUGGCACUCUGUGGUCAUCGAACGCCAGGGCCGGAGCAUUAACCUCACCCUGGACAGGGGCGCGCAGCACUUCCGCACCAACGGGGAGUUCGACUACCUGGACCUGGACUAUGAGAUAACCUUCGGAGGCAUACCAUUCUCUGGGAAGCCAAGUUCCAGCAGUAGAAAGAACUUCAAAGGCUGCAUGGAAAGCAUCAAUUACAAUGGUAUCAACAUAACUGAUCUUGCGAGAAGGAAGAAACUAGAGCCCUCAAAUGUGGGAAAUCUGAGUUUCUCGUGUGUGGAGCCCUACACGGUGCCCGUCUUCUUCAACGCGACCAGUUACCUGGAGGUGCCAGGCCGCCUGCACCAGGACCUGUUUUCGGUCAGUUUCCAGUUCAGGACGUGGAACCCAAAUGGCCUCCUGCUUUUCAGUCAGUUUGCGGAUAAUUUGGGCACCGUGGAGAUCGACCUGACCGAAAGCAAAGUCGCCGUUCACAUCAACGUCACACAGACUAAGAUGAGCCAGAUAGACAUCUCGUCAGGUUCUGGGUUGAAUGAUGGACAGUGGCAUGAGGUUCGUUUCCUAGCUAAGGAAAAUUUUGCUAUUCUCACCAUUGAUGGAGAUGAAGCUUCAGCAGUCCGAACUAACAGUCCUCUUCAAGUUAAAACUGGCGAGAAGUACUUUUUCGGAGGUUUUCUGAACCAGAUGAAUAACUCCAGUCACUCCGUCCUUCAGCCUUCGUUCCAAGGAUGCAUGCAGCUUGUCCAAGUGGACGACCAACUGGUAAACUUGUACGAAGUGGCACAGAGGAGGCCAGGGAGCUUUGCGAAUGUCAGCAUCGACAUGUGCGCCAUCAUAGACAGAUGUGUGCCCAAUCACUGUGAGCAUGGCGGGAAGUGCUCGCAAACAUGGCAUAGUUUCCAGUGCGCUUGUGAGGAGACGGGAUACAGUGGAGCCACCUGCCACAACUCGAUCUAUGAGCCUUCCUGUGAAGCAUACAAACACUUGGGCCAGACGUCAAAUUACUACUGGAUAGAUCCUGAUGGCAGUGGGCCUCUGGGGCCUCUGAAAGUCUACUGCAACAUGACAGAGGACAAAGUGUGGACCAUAGUGUCUCACGAUUUGCAGAUGCAGACCACGGUGGUGGGCUACAGCCCAGAAAAAUACUCCGUGACACAGCUCGUUUACAGCGCCUCCAUGGACCAGAUCAGCGCCGUCACCAGCAGCGCCGAGCAUUGCGAGCAGUACGUCUCCUAUUUCUGCAAGAUGUCCAGGUUGUUGAACACCCCAGAUGGAAGUCCUUACACCUGGUGGGUUGGCAAGGCCAACGAGAAGCACUACUACUGGGGUGGCUCCGGGCCCGGGAUCCAGAAGUGUGCGUGUGGCAUCGAGCGAAACUGCACAGACCCGAAGUACUACUGUAACUGCGAUGCGGAUUACAAGCAGUGGAGGAAGGACGCUGGCUUCUUAUCCUACAAAGAUCACCUGCCAGUAAGCCAAGUGGUAGUUGGAGAUACUGACCGGCAAGGCUCCGAAGCCAAGCUGAGCGUGGGUCCCCUGCGCUGCCAAGGAGACAUGUGCUUUAUGUGGAGUCGGAGGGAAACAGUGCCAGGUUGCUAUGGGGAUUCUGUAAUGAACGUCCUGGGGGUCGUUUCCCCUCUUCUUGUCUAUGCCCGUGGUUUCAGCAAGUCUCCCGAGAGUUCUGUGCUUUCUGUGAUUGCGUGCUGGGCAUCGGGAGACCCAGAUUCUGCUCCUCGCAUAACUGGCUUUCCAGGAGACCUCAGGCAAACCCCUCCACUUUCUCACUGUGGUAAUGAGAAUACCACCUGCGCCCCAACUCCUCCUGGGGAAACCAUAAAGAUUUUAGUGCCUGGAUCUGGAUUCCUCGUAGCAUAG